GGUGGGUAUUUCCUAUCUGUCACCCUUCCCCAAAACUUGAUUGGUGGUUGUCAUUGGCGACGCGGGCGAUGACGUUUCUAAUUCCAGAGCACGUGGGUGGCGAUGAGCGGCGCUCCCAUAAACAAAGACACAUUGGCGCGGCGCGCUAGUCUGGAGCGGAGCACCGCGGACGCCUCGCUAUUCUCCACCGUCUCGCCGGCUCUACUUCUAGCUCGUACUGGACAUUUUCACACACGUAUAUACAAAUACAUAUAUGUUUUAGUCUUGUUUUUGUUUCUUGUUUUCUUUACACAAGACCAGCCUGAGAGUGUAUGGAUACGAUGCAACUUUUCUGAUGGUGCUUUAAAGGUAUGUCAUCGCUGUGUUGCAUGCAUUUUUCCUUCAUCUCUUUGCUUUAAUCUGCAGUGUAGAUGAACGCGCGAAGUGUUGGAUACGCUUUACAGAAAUCUGUGGAUAGUAGGUCGCGCUGAAUGUAAACGCGAGAGGUGAUGAGGAUGCAGAGGUGUCAUCGCGCAGACACGAGUGAGAGUGAGAGACACUUGCUCGAGUUUUACUGGUUUACUCUGAGCGUGCAACAAACUUGCCGCAACUUUACCAAAUGUCCCAGUGCUGAAUUUUCUUCAAUUAACACCAAGUCUCCAGAUAAAGCUUAGAAUCUUGCAUUUACUCGUACAGCAUUUCUUUAAAGCCCAACAGGACAUAGAUGGACAUUGAGAGUGCCAUUUUAACAUUCUUUGCGCGCAAAAUACAAAACUUGACUUCUCUCUCAGACUGACCCACCACCUUCUUCUUCUGUCUGAAUAACGCGUUAUUAAGGCUGCAGUGUGAGUUUGGAGUUGGCUGAAUGUCGUCAGUGCUGAAUGGUGACAGGUGUUAACUUUCCACUCAAGUAUGUUGGCAUGGCUCAUCUGAGUUAAAAAGUUGUGUUUUACAUCAGGGAGGUGAUUCCAGCAACCGGACUGCUUUUCUUGAACCCUGCUUUGUUAUCUGAAGCUGACAGCAUCGUGCGUUUUGAGUGGCGACCAGGAAGAGUCCCACGGCUGAAGCCAUGCCCUGCGUUCAGGCUCAGUACGGCUCGUCGCCGCAGGGCGCGAGUCCCGCCUCGCAGAGCUACAGCUACCACACCAGCGGCGAAUACAGCUGCGACUUCCUAACACCCGAGUUUGUAAAGUUCAGCAUGGAUCUGACCAACACCGAGAUCACGGCCGCUACCACGUCUCUGCCCAGCUUUAGCACGUUUGUGGACAGCUACAACCCCGGCUACGAUGUCAAACCUCCGCCGUGUCUGUACCAGGUGCCUCCUGCGCACACCUCCGAACAGCCCUCUAUCAAAGUCGAGGAUGUGCCCAUGCACGGGUACCACCAUCACCACCACCACCACCCACACCCUCAUCAGCAGCAGCCGCAGGGUCACCUGGGCCCGCAGUCGGAGGAUGUGAUGGCGCACUCGGGCUCUGUUUAUUUCAAGCCGUCUGCUUCACCACAUGCGCCUGGCGGCGGCCCUAACUUCCAGGUGCAGCCGAGCCACGUGUGGGAGGACGCGAGCUCGCUGCACGCCUUCCACCAGAACUACGUGGCGGCCGCUUCGCACGCCAUGGAGCAGCGCAAGAACCCUGUGUCGCGCCUCUCGCUCUUCUCCUUUAAGCAAUCGCCCCCGGGGACGCCCGUGUCCAGCUGCCAGAUGCGGUUCGACGGCCCGCUACAUGUGGCUAUGAGUCACGAGGGCCCAGGCGUGCACCGGGCCCUGGACGGCCAAAGCUUUGCUGUGCCAGGCGCUGUGCGGAAACAGGCGGGAGUCGCAUUCCCGCAUUCUCUACAGCUCGGCCACGGACACCAGCUCCUCGACGCGCAGAUGCCGUCGCCACCAUCCAGAGGUUCCCCGUCCAACGAGGGGAUGUGCGCCGUGUGCGGGGAUAACGCAGCGUGCCAGCAUUACGGCGUGCGCACAUGCGAGGGAUGCAAAGGCUUCUUCAAGCGAACUGUGCAGAAGAAUGCAAAAUACGUGUGUUUGGCGAACAAAAACUGUCCUGUUGAUAAGCGCCGGAGAAACAGGUGUCAGUACUGCCGCUUCCAAAAGUGCCUAGUUGUCGGGAUGGUUAAAGAAGUUGUUCGGACUGCCAGCCUGAAAGGCCGGAGAGGUCGUUUACCCUCCAAACCCAAAAGUCCACCGGAUGCGGCACCUCCAUCCCCUCCAGUCAGCCUCCUCAGUGCGCUGGUCAGAGCUCAUGUGGACUCCAACCCCAACAUGUCCAACCUGGACUACUCGAGGUUCCACGCGGGUCCGGAUUACCAGCUGACCGGAGACGACACGCAGCAUGUGCAGCAGUUUUACGACCUGCUCACGGGAUCGAUGGAGAUCAUCCGCGGCUGGGCCGAGAAGAUCCCGGGCUUCACCGAGCUGUCCAAACAGGACCAGGACCUGCUCUUCGAGUCCGCCUUUCUCGAGCUCUUCGUUCUGCGCCUCGCCUACAGGUCCAACCCGAUGGAAGGGAAGCUGAUUUUCUGUAACGGCGUGGUGAUGCACCGGCUGCAGUGUGUGCGUGGUUUCGGCGAGUGGAUCGACGCCAUCGUGGAGUUCUCCUCUAGCCUGCAGAGCAUGAACGUGGACAUCUCGGCCUUCUCCUGCAUCGCCGCGCUCGCCAUGGUCACAGAGAGACAUGGGCUUAAGGAGCCGAAGAAAGUGGAGGAGCUCCAAAACAAGAUAGUGAACUGUCUGAAGGACCAGGUGGCGUUUAACGGCGCUGCUCUUAACCGCCCGAACUACCUGUCCAAGCUGCUGGGGAAGCUGCCAGAGCUGCGCACUCUGUGCACACAGGGCCUGCAGCGCAUCUUCUACCUAAAACUGGAAGACCUGGUGCCUCCUCCAGCAAUAAUCGACAAACUGUUCCUCGAUACGCUGCCCUUUUAAAACAAAACAACAACAACAACAACAAAGAAAGAAAGACUUUUUUCCCCCUCAAAAAGACCUCAAUGAACUUCCAUAGACUCCUUUUAAGAGUCAGAA